AUGGUGGUGUGGCCAGCGGCAGUGGCUCUCAUGGAAGAAGAAGAAGAAGAAGAAGAAGAAGAAGGAGGCGCAGUGAUGGUGGAUGUGUUGCAUGGCUGCAUAAACGAUGUGUUGGCCAUGAGGGACAUGCUUGUGAAGCGUUUUGGGUUCAAUCCGAAAAACAUUGAGCUCCUCACAGAUGAGCCUGGCUCUUCAUCACCUAUGCCUACUGGUUCCAACAUUAAGCAGGCAUUAGCUAGCAUGAUUGAUCAAGCUGAAACAGGGGAUGUGCUUUAUUUUCAUUAUAGUGGACAUGGAACAAGGUUCCCUUCAGAGAAACUUGGCCACCCCUACCACCCCUACCGCUAUGAGGAAGCAAUUGUGCCUUGUGACUUGGUUUGUCUAACUUUCCUCUUAAACAUCCUAUUUGGACUUCACUUCAGGCAACUGGUGAACAAGCUGCCAAAGGGAACAAGCCUCACAAUUCUCUCAGACUCAUGCUAUAGUGGUGGCCUCAUUGACAAAGAGAAGGAACAAACUGGACCAUCUUCACUGGUUCAUAAAAAUAACUCAUCAUUGAAACUCACUAACACCCCCAAGACAAUCCCUUUUGAGUCCAUACUUCAACACCUCUCAUCACUAACAAACAUAGACACCACAAAUAUUGGAACCCAUCUGCUAGAAUUCUUCGGCUUCGAAGCCAGUUCGAGGUUUCAGCUCCCUUCGCGUGAUCUUGAUUUGUUGAACUUGAACCAACCACUGAGGCAUGAUGAGAGGAUUCUGUUGAGUGGUUGCCAAGCUGAUGAGACCUCUGCAGACAUUAAGCUGAAUGCGAGUGGCGGAAAGGCGUAUGGAGCAUUUAGCAAUGCGGUUCAGAUGGUGUUGAAGGAGAACCCGGGUCAGCUGAGCAAUAGAGAAGUUGUGAUGAAGGCCAGGAAUUUGCUGCAAACACAGGGAAUUGUGCAGCAUCCUUGCCUCUAUUGCAGUGAUGAGAAUGCUAAUGUUGCCUUCUUGCGACAACAUCAGAACUCAGAUUUAUGAAAUGU